CUGUAAAGAUGGAGAAAUAUAGGACAGUGCUGAAUUUAGUUUUGAAGCAGCAUGCUACCCUAGGCUACGGCUUUCUGGCCUUAGCAACAGCUGGGGGAGAACAAAUAUUCUCUGUCGUUGUGUUCAAUUGUCCCUGUAAUUCUUGGAACUUUGCCUACAGUAUGGUUUUUCUUCUCGUCCCAGCCCUGGUAUUAUUUUUACUGGGAUACUUCAUAAGCAGCAGAACCUGGAAGCUAUGUACUGGCUGUUGCAUCAAUCAAGUAAAGCAUAGCUCUAAAAUAAUCAUUUGCCGUGGCAUAAAGAUUUUUGUACAAAUCACAGUGGGUGCUUUAGUAGCCCCCAUAACUUGGAUUUCUGUUGCAUUGCUGAAUGGCACUUUCUCUGAAUGUGGUAUGUGUGGCUAUUACAAUGAAUACCUCUUACAAACACUCUGCAAUAACAAAUCCAGUGACUGUCAAUCCAAUUUUUUUAAACUGCCUUGUGGCCAUUCAACAUUGCCUCUGCCAAUCCAGGAGGAUAUUCUUCUCACCAUACGUGCACAGUCUCAGGUCCUUGGAUGGAGCCUGAUAGCAGCCAUUGUGGUUUUUGCCUUGACUUCUACCUGCAUUUUGCGCUGUUAUUCUCCUGUCAGCUUCCUCCAAUUGCAGUUUUGGAAAACAUACAAGGAAAAGGAGAAUGAGUUGUUUGAGCAAAGAUCGGAGGAGCAUGCUAAAGAGUUGGCAGAAAGGAAUCUGAAGAGUUUCUUCGAAUCUGAAGAACCACAAGAAAUCAAAACCCCAAGCAGGGCAGCAUGGGAGGAGAUUUCCCUGCUAUACUCUUUCAGCAGAACGGAAGAGUACUAUAGCACAAUUCACAAAUAUGCAGACAGGAAGGCCGACAACACCCGCACGUCAUCCUCCACCAUUCACAUGGAUGUGCCUGCUGUACUGGACUUUGUUGAUGGUAAUAAAAAUUCUGUUGAUAGCCAUGUUUGAAAAUGCAUUCAGGCAAGGAUAACUGCAAUAAUUCUAAGCCUUCCAUAUAGCCUGAAAUAAGUAGUGUUUUUAAGCUUGUGUAUCAAAGUUAUGUUACAAUAUUUACAUUCGAAAUCUCUUUCUGGACAUACAACAACACUUUACAUAAGGUUCUAUGUGCAAUUUUUGUUACUUUUUAUAUAUUUUAUACACUUGCAUACAAUUAUUUUUUAUUGAGAAUGUAAGUAAUGCAUUGUGUUAAGGACCAGUUUUGUCAUCUAAUAAGUACUGGGUCUAAGGCCUGCCAGAGAGGAGUAGGUCUUAUGAGUCGUCAUGGUAAUGGAUUCAGGGAAUCUUAGAGGGUUUAUCUCUUCAUGAAGGAAAACAUAUUGGAAGCACAUUUUCAUGUGGGUACAUGUCUUAUCACCAUCUAAUCGCUAGUUCUUUGUAAUCCAAGUUUAAAUGACAUUAAAUAACUUUAUUAAUGCUUGAAAAGCAUUAACUGGUACAGUUUACAGAAGCUCUGCUUUCACUGCCAGAACUCCAUCCUGUGUGUUUUGGAAGGAAUACUGUGGAUAGAUUUGCCACACUUCUAAUAGAAAGCUGGGUUCAAUAGAGUGAAAGUUAGAGCUAGGGCUGUUCAGAACCCUAACAAUACAGUCCAAUUUGCACUUAUAUUUCUUAAAUUAUUGUAUUUUUCUGUUUGAAUUUUAUUGCUCUGAAGAGUUGGAACAGGAUAAUAUUACUACUUUUGCCCUACUGCUUUAUAUAUGCUAAAUCGGAAGACUUUACCAGGGCUACAGAUUUAUUAUAUGUUUCUAGAUCUCUCAAGUUUACUUUGUAUGCAAUAUACAGACUAAAAAGUUGUAAGCCUCUAAUCUAAUUGGUGCAUUGCCAAAUAAUGAUUGUUUAGAUCAUAUUCCUAACUUUCUACAAUUACAUAAUUUGAUGUAUAACAUUGACAUAUCAGUGAGGGCCUGCAGUGAGUAACUCACCUCCUAUCUCCUCAAAGCCUGUCCACUCUUUAUAAGGCACAUGUCAGGAGUUUGAAGGAAUACUCGUCACUUGGCUGGAUAAGUGCAGCUUCAACAACAAUCAAGAAGCUUUUCACCAUCCAGGACAAAGUAGCCCGCUUGAUUGGCACCCACAUCCACAAGGAUACACUCCCUCGACCACCCAGUAGCAGCCAUGUACACUAUCACCAAAUUCGCCAAAGAUCCUUAAGCAGCAUUUUCCAAACUCAUGACCAAUUCCAUAUGGAAAGACAAGGGCAGCAGACACAUGGGAACACCAUAAGCUGCCAGCACCCCUCCACUCCACUCACCAUUCUUACUAGGAAAUAUGUUGCCGUUCCUUCAGUGUUGUUAAGUCAAAAUGCUGGAAUUCACUUCUUAAUGUAAUUUAUAUCUUAAUGUCUUAAUAAUGUCUUAAUGGCCUACCUACAGCACGUGUACUGCAAGGGUUCAAGAAGGCAACUCAAGAAGGCCUUCUGAAGGACAGCCAGGGAUGGGCAAUAAAUGCUGACUAGAUAGUGACACCUCCCCCAAGUGAAUUUUUAAAAAAAAUUUUCUUUAGAGGCCAUGAAUACACAUUGGUUGGAGAUAAAAUUUCUCCUGGGCAAGAGCUGAUUGAUUUUCAUUUCCAUUGACUUCAAAGAGAAUAUGAAAUGGGAAGCUGAUUCUCUAUUGCCCGACACAAAUUACUAAUCAAGUGGAUUCAUUCUGAAACCACAGAAGCACCAAAAUAAUUUGACUUGAAUGCUCAAAAAGGAUAGACCCAGAAGAUAAAAUUUGGUUAGGACCUUUCAAUGCACAAACAUUUCUGGCACCUUUUAUCUCCUUUAACAAAAUUUUAUGUUGAAAUAAAGCUUUAUAAUGGUACAAUUUUAAUAAGAGAAAAUGUCAUUGAUAUUUUUAUUGAUGUAAUGUAAAGACAUUAUUGUAAAUUUUUAAGGAUAAACAAACUCUUAAAAGUUCUACUAUAGUUAGGAACAUCAGUAACCAAAAUUUAAAAAAUAAAUGACUUAUUUAAAUAGAUAUAUAUAUAUAUAUUUAUAAUGCAGCAUAGAUUUAAAUAUAACAGAUAUAUUGAUAAACUCAUGCCAGUGGCUGGGAAUUUCCCCAGAUCUACUCCCAGUCUGCUGCUAAAAUUUUUACAAAUGUAUACAUGAUUUAUUUUCUAUACCUUCCAGUGAAUUUGUGACAACAGAAUGAGAGCAACCCUGAGGGGGUUCCUGAAAAUUAUGCAACUUAAACUUAAAGUUUCAACAUUAUUAUAUAUAAUAUAUUCUUAGUUUUCUUGACAUAUCAUGAGCUCAUACCAUAAUAUUCUAUCAGAUAACAAGGUAACAGUGACAAAAGUGCAAAAGCAAAGAAUAUCAAAGUUUGUCUAGGAGUAUAACUAUUUGAUUUGUUAAUGAGUGACACCUAUGAAUGAAGAAUGUAAAUCCAGCAUAUAUUUAAUGAAAGAAAUUAUAUUCAUUGUCUGUAUGUUAUAGAAUAUAUGUUCCAACGAUGGCUGCAUUUAAUUGACAGCCAGUUUAAAUAUUGUAUGUUCAUUUGUGAAAUGACGAGCAUUAUGCUGAAAGACA